UAUUCGCAAUCACUAAUCAGUUGUCAAAUUACAGUUUUCGUGGUUGGAUGUCUGUUUUGUGUUUGAUAAUUCGAUCGUAAUUAUUUACGAACGGUGCAGUGUUCAAUCAUAAAACAUGUCGCUCAAAAUGGAGUUUGACUACGAUGCGGCAACCGCAUUGAUGGACAAAUUUUCUCAGGCAGAUAUCGAUCAUUUGCGCGAAUGGACUUUUUCUCUGGAUAUAAAUAAAUGUGUACCGAAAGAUCUUACGGAUCAGCAGUUACUCUUGUUUUACCACGCCUGCUACGGUAAUUUGGAAAAGGCUAAAAUAUGUAUAGAGAAAUAUUACGCACACAAGAAACAUUCACCGGAUAUGUUUGAUAACCGUGUAGUUUUUUCGGACGAGCUGAAACCUUCAACGGAAGCCCUAGAGUUCUCGUUUUUCCCCGAGAAGUCCGUGGAGGGUUACGACGUGAUCUACCACCGCCUGCACUACACCGAACCCUCCAAGUACCACCUGGAGCCUGGCUGCAAACUCCUCUUCAUGACAGUUGAUGCGUGUUUAUGUAAGCGGGGGCCCACGCCCGGCUACAUAUUCCUGUUUGACAUGAGAGGAGUCCGGCUCGGCCAUCUCACGCGCGUCAGUCUCUCCUUUCAAAAGGAUAAGCAAAGGUCCCUCCGCAAGUUCUUCCAGUUCGUGCAGGAGGCCUGGCCGGUCCGCAUGAAGGGAAUCCACGUGCUCAACUCCGAGCCCAUCGUCGACAAGCUGCUCAUCCUCAUCAGACCCUUCAUGGAGAAGAAGUUCUACGACAUGCUGAAGUUUCACAGCAAGAACGAAGACCUGGGGAAGUUCUACGAGACAGUGGUCCCCCGGUCCGCCCUCCCCCCCGACUACGGCGGAACCCUCCCCGACACACAGACCCUCCACAAGAAGUGCAUGCAGCACCUCCAAGCUCUAGAACCUUACUUUGCGGCUGAGGAACAGCAAAGGGCUAGAGCGUAUCCGGAUAAGAAGAGGGAUAAGGCGCUGAACAAGAGUUUUAAGAAGUUAGAUAUAGAUUAA